UCCCCAUGUCCCGCUGUCCCGUGUCCCCGCUGUCCCCUGAUGUCCCCGUGUCCCCAGGCGCGGACCCCGCGCGCGAGGAGCGGCUGCUCCGGGCCUGGUUCUCGCUGGUGCAGCAGCGGAAUUUGCUGGUGCGGCGACAGGACCAGCUGCAGCUGCUGGCGCAGGAGCGGGACCUGGAGCGACGCUUUGAGCUGCUGAGCCAGGAGCUGAGGGGACUGCUGGGGACAGAGGAGUGGCAGAAGCCGCCGGCGCAGCGCCAGCGCGAGCAGCUCUUACUGGAGGAACUGGUGGCACUGGUGAACCGGCGGGACCGGCUGGUGCGGGACCGGCACCGCCGCGAGAGCAGGGCGCAGGAGGAGGAUGAGGAGCUGCUGCGGAGCCUCGAGCCCCGGCGGCGCCGCUUCGGCCGCAGGGAAACGUGCGGGAUCUGCUGAGGGACCCCCCCGGGACCCCCAAAACUCCCGGGACCCCCCCGGGACCCCCAAAACACCCCCAAAUCCCCUGGGAUCCCCCAGAUCCCGGUGGAUGUGGCAAUAAAGGAGAAUUUCUGUGUGAAA